UGCAGCUCUUCAAUAACACCCACUGCAGUCAGACGCUGUUCUGUCACUGAGGCGGUGAAGCUAACCAUUUUAGCCGUAAAAAAAGACGGUUCUUUCAGGGGUCGAACAGCGGACACGGGCACCAUGGCUCGCCGGAAUGCGCUACAGGGAGGCGAAGCGGUCGCCCUGCUUCUCCUUUGCCUCGGUGCCUCCGCAGAAGACGGACCUACAGGCCGUGCCCAUGCCGCACAGCGCCAGGAGGACGCAUCCCACGCCUCUAUUGGAUUGUCGGACGUGGUGUUAGUGAUCCAGAGCCAGAGGAACUCCUUCCACGCACGCCGAGCUGGUGAGAGGAAGGUGGAGAUACUUCAGCGGGCAGCUGAGCUUGGGCAGGGAGCUCCAGUCGUUCUUCUUCUCCAUGAGCUGUCCACGUUUGAACGGGAUUGGAGCAUCCUCCCUUUGCUUCCUAAUCUCUCCGCCACUUACGGCCUAUCAGCAUCCUGGUUUUUCUUCCUAGAGGAGCAAACCAGCGUCACGCUGGCUAAGCUGCUGCAGGUCCUCAACAGAUAUCAAGUCCAAGAGGAAUGGUUUUUGGGUAAGCGUCUCCAUGACAACGAGCCCUCCAUUAUCCACCACUAUGCGUUCUCCGAGGACCCCGGUUCCUUUAGUUACCCUGACCCCGCAGCAGGCUGGGCUCUCAGCUCGCUGCUGCUCCGGAGACUCGCUGAGCGGAUCCAACACAUGCAACCCAAGUCCGAUUUCACAAUCGACUUGAAACACGAGAUUGCUUUGUACAUUUGGGAGGAUGGAAAUGGUCCAAAGCUCACCGCAGUUCCAGAGUUUUGUACGGAGACCAGAGAAAACUGUGCUACGACAUUUACAACCUACCUGCCACAUUGUGGAAGUCCGGUGUCAAGGAAAGAAGUAUUUGUUGCUGUGAAAACUUGUAAAAAAUUCCACUCGCAACGAGUACCGGUCGUGAAGGCGACGUGGGAGAAAGACGCCGGGUUCAUUGAGUACUACAGCGACGUCGCUGAUGCCUCCAUACCCACCAUCGCCGUGGGUGUGCCCAACACCGAGAGAGGGCAUUGUGGGAAGACUUUCGCCAUCUUGAAGCGGUUCCUAAGUAACGCUGUGCCAAAGACCGAUUGGCUCCUGGUUGUUGAUGAUGAUACACUCAUCAGUUUACCCAGAUUGCGGCGGCUGCUGCGCUGCUACGACCCGAAGGAGGCCGUGAGCCUGGGGGAGAGAUACGGCUACAGCCUGCACCUCAACGGAUACAGCUACACCACUGGGGGAGCAGGGAUGGUGCUCAGUCGCGCGGCGGUGUCCCUGCUGGCUUCCAGUGGCUGCCGCUGCCACGACGACGACGCUCCCGAUGACAUGGUGCUGGGCAGGUGCCUCACUUCCCUCGGUGUUCCCAUCACACACAGUCCCCUCUUCCACCAGGCCCGACCGCAAGACUAUUCUGAAACAUUGGAGCAGGCCGUCUCCUUCCACAAGCACUGGAACAUAGAUCCUGUGACCGUCUACAAACUCUGGCUGCAGGACACACACACACGGGACGAACUGUAGAAACAAUGUGUGUUUACAAAAAAGAAGAAACCACUGAAGUUAAAUUUGCACAACAGCCCAGAGCUGAAGAUAAGCAGGCAAGCAGCGAAAAAAGCCCCCCGAAAACAUAGUUCUCAACCGCCUUAAUACCUGCACUGAUGAGUAUUUUUCCCGUCUACAUAAAAUCAAAUGAGCGUGUGUAAUGUGUAAGUGGUGGCAGAUAAUUUCAAGUCAGCAAUUCCACUGAAGUUUGUAGCUUCAUCUUAGCCCGACUUUAGGAGCAAAAACAGCUUUAUUAAAAGCUCCCAACAGCAGGCGGACAAACUUGCUGAGUGAAUACAAAUGUCCCCCUGCUCCCACUGGCUGUGUGGCUUUAAGCAACAGGGAUUUGAAGACGUCCCCAGUCUCUGUCUCUCCUUUCGCACCCCCCCCCCACCCCCCCCCAGGUCCCACGCUCAUGAUGAGCGGCUACGUUGACCAUGAUCAGAAUCUUACUUCUAACUAGUGAGAGUGGAUGUGUGUGUGUGUGUGUGUGUGUGUGUGUGUG